AUGUCCUCCGAAGCUCACGCGAAAACGCUUCGGGCCUUAGAGCCUCUGAUCCAACUUCUGAGUCCGGGCUCUGUCUUGACUCCCAAAGAUGAGGCUUAUACACAUCACUCCGAGCCAUUUGCCAUUCAAAAGCAGCAAAACCCCGCAGCCGUCCUGGUUCCGGGCUCGGUCAACGAGCUCUCGGAAAUCGUCCGCUUUCUUUACGCCUCGGACCUGGAUUUCGCCAUUCGAGGACAUGGGUUCAAGUCGCCGUCGGCUAGAGACGUGGUGAUCAGCAUGAUGAACUUCAAGGACAUCAGCUACGAUCCAGUCAAGAAAAUCGCCACGGUUGGUGCAACUGCUACCUGGUCAGAGGUGGUGACAUACAUGGAUAAAGUCGACCCGGAGUAUUCCGUACCUGUGGCUCGCACUCCAGCAAUUGGUGUCGCUGGGGCUAUCCUGAAUGGCGGUAUUUCUUGGAUGUCGACCGAGUAUGGCUGCAUUUGCGACCCGGUCAACUUCCUCGACGCGGAGGUUGUCAAGUAUGACGGCACCGUCGUUUUGGCAUCUCAGGAGCCUGAUCUCUUGUGGGCCCUGAGAGGCAGUGGCGGUGGCUUUGGAAUCAUCACCAAGGUCAUGCUUCGGGCACACCAGUAUCCAACAGAUAUCUGGUCCGGUCUGGUUAUGGUGCCACGCAAAUGGUUACCGCAGUUGAUAGACGAGAUGGUUGAGUUCAACCACUCAGUGCCCCACCCCAAAAUUACCUAUUUCAUGUACUUGCUGCCCGAAAGACUUCUUCACACAAUUCUAGAACAGGAAGAGCCGGACGCUGGGGACGCGGUGAUUUUCCACGUGUAUGAUGCACUUGGGGAGAAGCAUGGUCGAGCAGCGUUUAGCUGGGUGCUUGAUAAACCCGGCGCUAUCGACCGAACCAGGAUCACCAACAUGAAGGGUGUCGUUGACAUGCAGCGAAAUGCCGCCGUCCUUCGAGGCAAGAUGAAGACAUUGUAUGCGCCGAUGGCUCUCCCCGACGUGGAUCGAGACACUUUGAAUCGAGCAGUUGCAUUCUACGACAAGCUAGGUUCUCUGGAUAAAUCCAUUCAGGACAUCUCUAGUAUAGUUUUUGAAUGCCUUUUGCUGCGCCCUCCAAUUGGAGGCACAACCGAAGUUGCCUGGCCUCGGGCUCCAGGUCUGAACCAUCUCUUGCUCCUCAUCGCAAGCUGCCCCGGAGAUGGUACGAAAGCGCAGGAAGAGCUCCUUCGGAAAAUUUCUAUCGAUGCGCCUAAAGAGGUUUUAGAAGCUAAGCUUGGCCUGGCGGAGGUUAACCCUGCUGGUCUCGAACUUGAUUAUCACAGUGCCAAGGCAGUGUACAGAGAACAUUACGAGAAGCUGCUUGCACUUAGGAAAUUAACAACUCAUGAGCGGGACUACGGAGCACCUAAUUCGCCGCGAUCAGAACCUGUUUUCACCAUUCAUCGCGGACAAGAGAACGACACCGCAACCCUGAUCCAAAAGGGAGAUUGUGUAUUUACCGCGUGGGAUGAGCUGUACAUUACCGAUUUUCUUCAAGAACAGCUGGGAUAUCUGUCGACGAGCGAUCACUGCUGGAUCAUCAAAGGUGUUCGAGGACUGCAGGAACUCUUACACCGAAACAUUACCGCCAAUCCGCUCAACAAUGUCACCAUUCCGACUUGCGUUUCCCUCAACAUCACCAGUAAAGGGAACUCAUUUUCCAUUGACUUCUCGACAAACUCUUAUGAAGUCAACGGGGUUGCCGAAGACACUUUCGUGCUUCUCACCUACGUCCACCUUGUCUGUAUGACUGCCGCAUUCUUUCUGGCGUAUCCCAUAAUUCUCGUUCUGGCAUCAACUCCCAGCUUGUGUAUUAUGAUCGAUCGUCCGCUCCAAGAACCAACCAAAUCCAAGAUUGAUCGAUGGCAAACAAUCUUUCAGACUUUCGUAUUCGCGCCUCUUAUGAUUGGGGGCCUCGUUACUGGCAUCAUCGGGAUGGGGACAUCAGACCAUGCCAGGACAGAGCACGGUAUUGUCGGCUACAUCACGAUAGGCCUGGCGGCAAUAGUUGUUCCGCUUUACCUGUACCAACGACGACUCAGCUCACGGCCAGAUCUGACGUUCUACAUGUAUCGAAGAAUGAAGUUCAUCAACGCUCUGGACUUUAUCGUAUGCCAAGCGAUCCUCGUGAUAUCUGGCUUCGCCCUUCCGGACGGCAUUGACGACUUUGGUGUGAUGACUUUAUAG